CUUGAGAAAGAAAUCUCUCCUCUGAACUGUUUACCCUGACGUCAGUUUGCAGAACUAGCUCUGCCCUGUCUCCUUCAGUGUCUCCGAAACUCCUCUCAGUGAGAAUUGGGGGAGUAGAUGGGCUCGGCUCUGCUGCUCGCGCGCCCGGACCUCACGGAGUGAAUGACAUGAUUUCUUCCUGCACAUUUAAAGUGGACUAAAACAGCUACACGAUGAACACCUGCGCCUUUCUGCUCAUUUUGACUGUUCAGAUCUACGCCGAUGGCAUCGAGGGGCCAACAGCGGCAGGCUGCACAUUCGAAGAGGACUCGGACCCCAAUCUGUGUGACUUCACCCAGGGGGAGGAGGAUGACUUUGACUGGCUGCUGUUUCGGACGUACAGUUCACCCUACGCCAGCUCUGACCUCUUGCGUGGAUCCUACAUGUUGGUGAACUCCUCCCAGCAUGCCGUGGGUCAUCGUGCUCAGCUGUCGCUGCAGACGCUGAGUGAAAAUGACACGCACUGUGUCCAGUUCAGCUAUUUCUUGUACAGUCGUGAUGGCCACAGUCCAGGGGCCCUACGGGCGUAUGUGCGAGUCAACGGAGGUCCACUCGGCAGUCCGGUGUGGAACACGUCGGGGUCUCAUGCCAAGCAGUGGCACCAGGUUGAGCUGGCUGUCAGCACCUUCUGGCCUAAUGAAUACCAGGUACUGAUUGAGGCAACAGUUUCCAGAGAGCGGCGAGGCUACAUUGCCAUAGAUGACAUCAUGGUGCUCAACUACCCCUGCUAUAAGGCGCCACACUUCUCCAGGCUCGGAGACGAGGAGGUCAAUGCUGGGCAAAAUGCUACGUUCCAGUGUGUUGCUGCUGGUAGAGCAUCAGAGGCUGAGAAGUUCUUGCUGGAGAGACACAAUGGGGACAUUUUAACAAUGGCGUCAGUCAAGCACUUGAGUCACCGGCGCUUUGUGGUAUCCUUCCAGCUAGACAACGUCCAGCGAACGGAUCAAGACCUUUACCGCUGUGUCACUCAGUCCCCCAGGGGCUCUGGGGUCUCAAACUUUGCUGAACUUGUUGUCAAAGUACCUCCAUCCCCCAUUGCGCCACCCCAGCUGCUGCGCGCCGGCUCCACUUACCUAAUCAUCCAGCUCAACACCAACUCCAUCCUGGGAGAUGGCCCCAUUAUCAGGAAGGAGAUUGAGUACCGUGCCAGCCAGUCUCCGUGGUCAGAGGUGCACGGAGUCAACAUGGUCACCUAUAAGCUGUGGCACCUGGAUCCAGACACAGAGUACCACAUCAGCGUGCUGCUGACCCGGCCUGGAGAGGGAGGAACUGGCCCGCCUGGACCGCCUCUCGUGAGCAGGACCAAGUGUGCAGAGCCUAUGCGUCCAUUACGGGGCCUCACCGCCACAGAUAUCCAGUCCAGGCAGUUGUCCCUGCAGUGGGAGAAUCUGGCGUUUAACCUGACACGCUGCCACACCUACUCAGUGUCCCUGUGCUACCGCUACACCACGGCGGGAGGCGGUGGAGGCCACAACACCACGGUGCGCGAGUGCCUGGCAGUGGAACACAACGCCUCACGCUUCACGCUGCGUGAUCUGCCACCCUACCACGGCAUCCAUGUCCGUCUGUCACUGGCCAACCCAGAGGGGAAGAAAGAGGGCAGAGAGGUCACGUUCCAGACCGAGGAGGACAUUCCCGGAGGCAUAGCGCCGGAGUCGCUCACCUUCACCCCGCUGGAUGACAUGAUCUUCUUGAAGUGGGAGGAGCCUGUUGAGCCCAAUGGCCUUAUUACCCAGUAUGAGAUAAGUUACCAGAGCAUUGAGUCGUCUGAUCCUGGCAUCAAUGUCCCGGGACCCAGGAGGACUGUGUCCAAGCUGAAGAAUGAGACAUACCACAUGUUCUCCAACCUCCACCCGGGAACAACUUACCUCAUCUCCGUCCGAGCCCGCACAGUCAAGGGCUUUGGGCAGACCGCCCUCACUGAAAUCACCACUAACAUCUCAGCUCCCACAUUUGAUUACGGAGACAUGCCGUCCCCCCUAAGUGAGACAGAGAGCACCAUUACUGUUCUGCUGCGCCCAGCCCAAGGCAGAGGAGCACCUGUUAGUACAUACCAGGUGGUGGUUGAAGAGGAGACAGUGAAAAAAGUAAAGCGGGAGCUGGGGCUUCAAGAGUGUUUCCCGCUGCCCAUGUCCCACGGUGAGGCACAGGCCCGGGGCACGCCGCACUACUACACAGCCGAGCUGCCGCCCAGCAGCCUCCCGGAGGCCAGUCCCUUCACUGUUGGCGACAAUCACACUUACAACGGCUACUGGAACAGCCCUUUGGACCCACGCAAAAGCUACCUUGUCUACUUCCAGGCUAUGAGCAACUUCAGAGGGGAAUCCAGAAUAAACUGCAUCCGCAUCGCUCGCAAAGCGGCCUGCAAGGAUCACCGCAAGGCUCUGGAGGUGUCUCAGCACUCUGAGGAGAUGGGUCUGAUUCUCGGGGUGUGUGCUGGAGGUCUGGUGGUCCUCAUCCUUCUGCUGGGUGCCGUCAUCAUCAUCAUUAAGAAAGGAAGGGACUACUACGCUUACUAUCCGAAACCAGUUAACAUGAAUAAGACACCUAUUACCUACCGGCAGGAGAAGAGCCAUAUGGGCUCCAUGGAGCGCAGUUUCACAGACCAGAGCACCCUGCAGGAGGAUGAAAGAAUGGCCCUUUCCUUCAUGGAUGCGCACACCUGCGGCACACGCAGUGAUGCUCGUAGUUCAGUGAACGAAGCCAGCAGCCUGCUGGGAGGCUCCCCGAGGCACCAGUGUGGACGUAAAGGCUCACCGUACCACACAGGGCAGCUCCACCCCGCCGUCCGGGUGGCUGACCUUCUCCAGCACAUCAACCAGAUGAAGACUGCCGAGGGCUACGGCUUUAAACAGGAGUACGAGAGCUUCUUUGAUGGCUGGGACUGCACAAAGAAGAAGGACAAAACCAAAGGGAGACAUGACACCUUGUUGGGAUACGACCGCCACAGAGUAAAGCUCCACCCUCUCCUGGGAGACCCCAACUCAGACUACAUUAACGCUAACUACAUUGAUGGCUACCAUCGAUCCAACCACUUCAUCGCCACUCAGGGACCUAAGCAGGAGACUCUGUAUGAUUUUUGGAGGAUGGUGUGGCAGGAAAAUUGUUUCAGCAUCGUCAUGAUCACUAAGCUGGUGGAGGUUGGCAGGGUGAAAUGCUGUAAAUACUGGCCUGAUGACAGCGAGAUGUACGGUGACAUCAAAAUCACUCUGCUUAAAACAGAGACACUGGCUGAAUACACAGUCCGCACCUUUGCCUUGGAGAGGAGAGGAUAUUCAACCAAGCACGAGGUGCGUCAGUUCCACUUUACAUCCUGGCCUGAGCACGGGGUGCCCUAUCACGCCACUGGACUGCUGGCCUUUAUACGAAGAGUGAAAGCCUCUACGCCUCCUGACGCUGGCCCUGUGGUGGUCCACUGCAGUGUGGGGGCGGGCCGCACCGGCUGCUACAUCGUGCUGGAUGUCAUGUUGGACAUGGCCGAGUGUGAAGGCGUGGUGGAUAUCUACAACUGUGUCAAAACCCUCUGCUCUCGACGCAUCAACAUGAUCCAGACAGAGGAGCAGUAUAUCUUUAUCCAUGAUGCUAUUUUGGAGGCCUGUCUGUGUGGAGAGACGGCAAUUUUGGUGAAUGAGUUUGCCGUCACUUACAAGGAGAUGCUGCGAGUGGAUUCCCAGAGUAAUUCCUCUCAGCUACGGGAGGAGUUUCAGACGCUUAACUCUGUGACUCCCCACCUGGAUGUGGAAGAGUGCAGCAUUGCUCUGUUGCCCAGAAACCGAGAAAAGAACCGCAGCAUGGAUGUUCUGCCACCUGAUCGCGCCCUUGCCUUCUUGGUUACAACAGAAGGGGAGAGCAACAAUUACAUCAACGCCGCUCUCGCCGACAGCUUCCAUCGGCAGGCUGCUUUUAUUGUGACCCCUCACCCUCUGCCUGGCACCACGGCUGAUUUUUGGAGGCUGGUCUUCGACUACGGCUGCACAGCCGUGGUCAUGCUCAACCAACUCAACCAGUCAAACUCCGCCUGGCCAUGUGUUCAGUACUGGCCGGAGCCUGGUUUACAGCAGUACGGGCCCAUGGAAGUGGAGUUUCUGUCCAUGUCAGCGGAUGAAGAUGUCAUCACUCGUCUGUUCCGGGUCAAGAAUGUCACAAGGCUCCAAGAGGGCCAGCUGGUGGUGUGUCAGUUCCAGUUCCUGCGCUGGUCGGCAUAUCGAGAUGUUCCCGACUCCAAGAAGGCUUUCCUCAACCUACUGGCUCAAGUGCACAAGUGGCAGAGGGAGUGUGGAGAAGGACGCACUGUUGUCCACUGCCUUAAUGGCGGUGGUCGCAGUGGGUCUUUCUGUGCCUGCAAUAUCCUCCUUGAGAUGAUCCAGUACCAGAACAUGGUGGACAUCUUCUAUGCUGUCAAAACUCUACGCAACUGCAAACCCAACAUGGUGGAGUCCCUGGACCAGUAUCGAUUCUGCUAUGACCUUGUCCUGGAGUACUUGGACUGCUUUGAAGGUAGAUAGCAACCAAGUGUUUACCACAGCUGCGGUAUCCCAUCUGCUGGAGAUUCGAUUUAUGGCAGCCCAGUGACCCCUCUACUUUAAUGUUUGGACCUAAGGACUUGGCGUUGAAAGGACUGCAAAGGAAAAAGAGGAGAAUAAAAAACAUGGUCAAGGUUCUAUCUUUUAACCUUUAAUGUACAGCUGUGAUUUCCUCCUUGUUGGUGAUGUUUAUCUCUUUUGAUAUUUUUUUGUGCUUUUCUUGGUCCUCUUUGCCUCCGGACUAAAGCUCUUUUGUGCUAAGGGUUUCUGUAGCAGCAAAACAAUAUUCUGAGCUACAAAAUGGACCUGUCUGUUCUGAAGAAGAGUCACCUUGGCUGUGUUUCAUCGUUUCAUUCAAACAGCGAGGGGGCUGGAUGAAUUUCCAGAGUUACAGCAGAAUUAACGUGGAAGCAUUUUCUCCUCUUUCAAGAGCUAUGUACAACAGCAGUCCACUGUGGUUGUGGCAUGACUUAUCUACCAUACCAUAAACUGCCUUAUUCUCUGAUGAUAGGACAGAUUUAUUCUAAUCACUGAAUAAAUCUGAAAGGUUGUCAUACUGGUGUACAAACAGCAACAAGAGAUUUUAACAAGAGACCUACAGCAUUAGGAUAGACCAGCCCAGUCCUCAGCAGUAUUGAUGCAGAAACUGUACAGUAGUGCAACGUGUUGUAUUUUGCCAUAAUGUUUGUGCUGGAUUACCAUGUGUGCUAUUGGUGGACAUUUCCAGGGACCACAGCACUGGGCCUGGUGCCACCACUGGAGAUUCCUGUCUCAUUACUGUCACAGUGCCAAUCCCAUUGACUGACUUGAACCCUCUCUUUACUUUGCUCUACUGCUUCAUCUUGAUAUAUGCCUACAAACAUACAGUAUGUACUGCGUCAGCUAAUGUUCUCGCUCCAAAGUGAUUGUUUGUAUUUUAUACCCUGCGGGAUGGAAAAAGGAGCAGAGGAAACUGUUAGAAUUGUACUGACAUGCCAUAGUGGUGGUGUGAAAAUGAUGUUCCAUUAAUGCCGUGGUGAAGUGUCUAAACCAGUACUGCGUUACAGGUUUGAGUCUGUAACACCUUUUACUCCUUUAUUGUCUGAGGCAUUUGGUUGUACUGUAAACUGUCACAGCAAGCUAAAACCAGAAUUUUAUUACAACCCUUUCAGGUAGGGGGCUCAUUUUGACAAUUUUGACAUGAAUAUUAGUUGUUGUUCCAAGUGGUGUAAAAUAAAUAAAGUAAAUAUAUAUAAAUAUAAAAGGGCAUUAACAUUGUGCAGAAGGAAAAAAAAUCGACUUGUUUUCACAAUGGUGGUCAUUUUUAGUAUCUUAAAGGGGACCUGUUAUACUCAUUUUCAGGUUUAUACUUGUGAUUUGAGUUUCUACCGGAACUCUUCAUACUGUCUGUACUGGAACACCUGUAUUCACCCUCUGCCUGAGACAUUUAGCUUUAGUGCCUGACCAUUUAAGCCUCCCUCCCAAAAAAACACAGUCUGCUCUGAUUGGUCAGAGCGUUUCCAGGUCUUUGUAUCUCUGCCAUGGAUGUAUAACGAGAACGGGAUACAGUAUUGGAGCCAGGGCCCCAUUCAUUCCUAUGAAAGUUGGUCAGUGGCGCAUGAAGCCAAAAAGUUUGACUUCCUGGGUGGAACAUUAACUCUUUCUUCUGCAUCAUUGGGCCAUAGUGCAGAUGCACUACAGACUUUUGUGUGUCAAGCGAAAAACUUCUGCCUUAGCCCUCUGCUAACUUGAAUGGGGGUAAAAUGAUUAAUCGUGCAACUCUUCUAUACUUUCCAAAUGUCAUUGAAUUGAAUGGAUCAGAUCCGGAUAGUCAAAUGAAUCAUUUUUGGGAGGUUGUGAUGAUCAAAAUUUUUUAUUAAAUGACUUACAAAUGUCUCUCUCUUCAAAUGUAACUCAGUGGGAAAAAUUGUUUGUCAUAUUAGCGUCAAAGUCUGGCACACUUCCUGGAGUCCUACACCGCCAUAGCUGUUAGGAGGAUGACUGUAAUGGUACAGCAGCACUUUCUACUAUUAGAAAAUCACCUAUAAAAACCUCUAAACCAAAAUCUUUACAACCGGACAUGCUCCAGCAGGAAUAUAAUUUAAAUUUAGGUCGAAAUUACCAACAUCGGCAACCAAGAUUUUGUGUUUGGCAGACAUUAGCAUGAAGCUACAUGUAGCAGUGUGGGCACUUGCUGUAGUUUGAUGUGUUGCUCACAGGGAUUACUUUUACUUAUGUUUACUUCAUUAUUUGAAAUUUGGCCACAUUUAAUAAGAACAUCCAACAUUGUGACAUAAUAUAAAUCAGAAAAUGAGGAAAAGCAUAAUGGGUCCCCUUUAAAAUAAAAAUGGUAUGUUAAACAGGAGAAAUAGUACAAAAAAGUUGCCCACAGACCCUGCUGUUUGGCCUUCACUGACCUGAUGGACAAACAAAAUCCACUAUUUUUCACCUACCAGCCAAUGCCUGGAGACCACUGGAACUGUUAAUCCUGCAUCAUUUGAAGAAACCCAGGCAGGCUGGCAUGCGUGAUACACAUAAUGAUCUGAGUCAGCCUCUAAAAAUGACCCAGGAAGCAAAUCUCUUUGUAUUUUUUAACAUGUUGCUCCAGAAGCAAGAAAAUAUGUAUUCUACGCUCCAUAUUGCCCUUUAAAAUAUGUUAUGCUCCACCAUAUCUCCUGGAACUCCUUUUAAGUGCAGGUUUUUAUGGAGGGUGGUAAAGGUAUCACUCCAGGACCUGCCCUAAUAAACAAGGAGAGACACCUUGAAACCCACAGAAACUGAGAAAUGGCAGCUAGGCGAACUCUGCUGCUGUAGUUCGCAGCUCACAGUCUGGUUCAGGUGGGAGCACCAGAAUAUGUGAGGAAUCUUACAGUAUACCAACAUCACCAGGCUCCCACAGGUUCACUGAUAGAGCAGCUUGUUUUUUUGAUGAGGAUGAAGAAUGAGGUAGCUACAGUGUAGUCAGUGAUCUGACCCAGGAUCACUGGAGGAAGUGCCUGGACACUUUUUCUCGAGGGUGGAAGGAAUGUGUACAUACAGAUGUAUAUUAUGUUAUGUGAAUACUAUGUGAAUAAUAUACUAUAUGUUUGCCGAGAGUAAAGACGUACAGUAAGUAACCACUACAUAACCACGAAGGUGAAUGUGCUGUAAAUGACCAUUUUGUGAGUUUAUUGCCAGAACUUCUAACAACAGAGUAUGAACUGAGUCUCCCUGUGUGUUCAUUCCAGAGCUCCGAGUAAAACAGGUCUGUCAAAGCAUGAAUGAAUCCAUUUUCUGCUUUGUAUUUCAUUCAGUUCAUUUCAAAAUACCGCAAUCCGCAUUGUUUAUUUCAACCGCUGUGUUUUCCAGCAGCCAUGACUGUGUGAGUGCAUUGUACUUUUACCAUUCCAAAGCUUUUUCUUAUGAACUGCUCUCUGGGCAGCGGCGACUGCCCUGAGAGCACAGUUGAUUUCACUUGUGUGUUUCUGUAUGAACCAAUGGUACAUGACAUGACCGUUGUAUUUGUGGGGGGGGAGGGCCAAGGUGUGUAUUUAAUGGGAGAGACGGGGAGACAGAUGUAUUUUGAGGUCGGGAAAGGGGUUUGUUCUGAAGACAUAACAGCGAUCAACAAUAAAAAGAACAA